GCCGCAUUUGACUUGUACAAGUGCAGUUACGAUGCUCAAGUGCGCGACGGGUCGACCUCCGAGGCACUUGGCCUUAGGCAAUCAAGACGUUUUUCACGUGCCGUCGGGGCCUACGGUGCCGAAAUGGGAAAAGGAAUUCAGCGUCGUCUUUGACGGCCGCAAGCCCACAGGGCUGGGCUUCAAACCGGUUAAGGAAGAGUAUGCUUGCAGCGUGGACAGCGUUGUGUCCGGCACCCUUCGCGACAACCUCGCGGCGGACCACAACGAGCACUGCUACUUGAGCUGCGACUUGUCGCGUGUCAUUACACCUGGCUUGCGCGUGCGCGCCAUCAAUGAUUUGGACGUCCAGAGCCUGACGUUUGACGUCGUCGUGGCAAAGAUCAAGACGAUGAAGCGACCAAUUUUACUCACGUUUGCCGACGUGAGGUCCGCCACUUAUGGCGACCCCGCGGCAAGCGUCCCCGUGGAGUCGAAGCAGGCAGCCCAAGCGUUGGGGGACGAAGUCGUCCGGCUCCGUGCCCAACUUCAGGAUGCCAUCAUGGCCAAAACCGACGCAGAAGCCGAAUCCGCGAAGUUUCAAGCGUGGAACAAGUCGCUUCUGAUGACCAACGGCGUCAUCAGCGACCAGAACUCGGCCGCGGUGGACGAGGUCCUGAACGAACGCAUCGCUGUGGAAGCCACACACGCCCUUGCGACCCAGUUGCAGGGGGAGCGGGACCGAGCGGUCGCCGCCGCGCACGCCUUCAAGCUGGAGAACUCGAGUUUGCAGUCGCGAGUUGAAAACCUGCACCAGCGACUCGAGGACGCGCAAACGGCCAAGCGAGAAACGAACGAACGACUGAUGGCGUUGGAGCGCCAACGACACGACGACCUGCGGUUGUUUGCGUCGCUGCAUCGCGAGAUCCACGUCGAAGCAGACGAAACCAACGAGUUGGACAAGCUCAUGCAGGUGGAAGCCACCACGACCACUAGCGUGCUGGGUCGCGAAGAAAGAGACAAGCACGAGGCGACGAUGAACAAGCUGCGCGAACAACGAGCGGCUCAUGCGACCCACAAGGCGUCUUUGGAGGCGGCGCUGGACGACCACAUGGCUCGGGCGGCGGCGGACCGCGCGCGCAUUGAAAAGCUGCAGCGGGACAAGGAUGCCCUAGAACGGUCCAUCCUCGAGCUCCCCCAGCAAGUCAUCGCCACCCCCGUCGACGCGAAUCAGUCGACCUCGGCGUCUGCCACGGUGCACCACCUGCACGCACAGCUCGGCGACGCCCACGACAAAGUCUUCCACGCCAAGCCUGAAACGCGCUCCGAGAAGGCGAAAUGGACCGCCGAGAAGCUCCUCCUUCUCGCAAGAAUCCAAGCGGUCGAGCACCACAGCCAAGCGUUGGAAGAGGAGUUGGUCGCGUUCAAGGCGGCAACGUCGUCGGCCGUGGCAGCCACCGCCGCCGCCGACGUACACGAAGGCACUAUCGUCCGAGACUUUAUCCACCGCAUGUCCACCAAAGGGUUUCGUGUGCACAAGCACGGACGACGGGGGUCGACGCACGACCGGUACUUGUACACAGACUCUGACGGCCACUGGCUGAGUUGGACCAAGGUCGAUGCCGCGAGAAACCCCGAGGCCUUCCGACACCCGAGCAAGAAGAUCGUCGUGGACAUCAAGGACCUCGUGGACGUGCUUCCAGGCAAACAAACGGAGGUGUUUGCGCGGCCCAACAGCGCGGCGACGCCGGCCUCGCGCUGCUUCUCCCUCGUCUGCGCCAAGCCGUGCCGCACGAUUGACGUCGAGACGGACACUCCCGAGCAGUGCCAGCGGCUCAUCCAGGGGUUCCGCCUCCUCAUCCGCCGCCGCGCGGUGCAGCAUGCCGCGUCCCGUCGUCAUCCCGUGGCCCCCUUGCAUUGAACCAUCUGGAUGUAUGUACUGGAUGUAGCCCACCAAAUAAAUAUAUAUUAUAUACACGGCAAACUCAAUGGAA